AAGAGGCGUGUUUUCUUCCGUCUGUAGGCAGCAGAGAGCUGAGCCGCAGCAUCCGCAGUAAAUUAAGUAAAGGAAGACUACACUAAAACAGGAGUAAUCAUGCCGAUGUUCGUGGUGAACACAAACGUGGCCAAAAGUGAGGUACCUGCGGCUCUGCUGUCCGAGGCGACCGAGGAGCUGGCCAAAGCUUUGGGCAAACCUGCACAGUACAUUGCUGUGCUUAUCAACCCUGACCAAAUGAUGAUGUUUGGAGGAAAGGGAGACCCCUGCGCACUCUGCUCCCUCCACAGUAUUGGCAAGAUCAGCGGAGCUCACAACAAGCAAUACUCUAAGCUCCUGUGCGGACUGCUCAACAAACACCUGGGCGUCUCUCCUGACAGGAUUUACAUUGUCUUUGUUGACAUGGAUGCAGCCAAUGUGGCCUGGAACAACUCUACCUUUGGCUGAGAAGGAGGUUAACCCACUGAAAUGGAAGAUAAUUCCAGUACUUUAGUGUAUGUAUGAGCAUAGUUAAAACAGACAGGGAAGUGAAGCUGCAAAGACACCUGGUAAUUGCAAGGUCAAUAUGCCGUAUAUGGCAAUCUUAUAAGCACUUAGUUGGGCCCAUUAGCUUUGCACUGAUCCUUUUUUUCCAUUAAAAUGCAAUAAAGAAAACCCUGCAGACCAUAAA